GAUACUACGCGUCGUGCGCGUGCGCAGCCCCGCGGACGUCGGAGUACUCGGAGGAUCAUGGCGGAGCGCAGGAGGCACAAGAAGCGGACCCAGGAGGUGAGCGAACCCACCAAGGAGGAGAAGGCGGUGGCCAAGUACCUCCGAUUCAACUGCCCGACCAAGUCCACCAACAUGGUGGGCCACCGAGUCGACUACUUCAUUGCCUCCAAGGCGGUGGACUGUCUGCUGGACUCAAAGUGGGCCAAGGCUAAGAAGGGAGAGGAGGCGGUGUUCACCACCAGGGAGUCUGUUGUGGAUUAUUGUAACAGACUCCUAAAGAAGCAGUUCUUCCACCGGGCUCUCAAGGUGAUGAAGAAAAAAAACGAGAAAGACAUCAAGAAGGAGAAGGAGAAGACCAAGGGCGACAGUGGCAAAGAGGAGGAGAAAAAAGGGAAGAAGGACAAAGAAAAGAAGAAGGAGCUGGAGGCUGUUGAAACCAAGAAAGAUAAAAGUGAUGACAGCCCUGGAACCCCCAAGAAGAAGAAGAAGGAGGUGAAGAAGAAGUUUAAACUGGAGCUUCAUGAGGAGCAUGAGCAGCUGUUUCUAGACGGAAACGAGGUGUUUGUGUGGAUUUACGAUCCCGUUCACUUCAAGACGUUCGCCAUGGGACUGAUACUCGUCAUUGCAGUGAUAGCAGCCACGCUGUUCCCGCUGUGGCCAGCAGAGAUGCGUGUAGGAGUUUACUACCUGAGUGUUGCGGCGGGCUGCUUUGUGGCCAGUAUAUUGCUUCUUGCAGUCGCCCGUUGCAUCCUCUUCCUGAUCAUCUGGGUCGUGACCGGCGGGCGGCACCACUUCUGGUUCCUCCCCAACCUGACGGCGGACGUCGGUUUCAUCGACUCGUUCCGGCCGCUCUACACGCACGACUACAAGGGGCCGCGAGGCGGCAACAAGAAGGGCUCCGACAAGACGGACGAGAAGGACAACGACGGCACCAAGGCUCAGAAGUCCGACAGCGAGGAAAAGUCCGACAGCGAGAAGAAGGACGGCGAAGAUGAGGAGGAGGAGGAAGAGGAGGAGGAGGAGCGAAAAGAGGCCGAGAAGACUAAUGAAGCCGCGGGGGAGGCGACGUGCCGGGACCGCCACUCGGACACAGACAGCGACCGCCGGGAGGACGAAGGCUCGCAGCACAGCAACGGAAACGACUUUGAGAUGAUCACCAGGGAGGAGCUGGAGCAGCACACAGAGGAAGAGGAGGAGGAGGAGGAGGCGGAGGAGGAGGAGGAGUCGCAAAAGAGGAAAGAAGGGGGGGAGAGUGAGACUAAACCCCAAACUGCUGAAACAUAAACUUCUUCUACAAUCCCCUCUCUCUCUCUCUCUCUCUCUCUCUCUCUCUAGUUCUCUCCUUUCGUCCUUCCUGUGAUUCCAGGACCUUCUUGGUCCGAUCCUCCGCUCCUCUUUUUGAGAUCUUCCGUUAGAAAGUACCGAUAGACUGGCUCUGACUCCUCCCACUCAAAUGUUAUUCAUGUUCAAAUAAAAACUGCAACCGAAAUGUUCGCCCGAGGAAGUUGUCAACAGAAACGCGUCUUUAUCCCUUUUCCUCUUUUUCUCAUGUCAACAUCUCUUAUUUAUGUUCCCUCUCUGUUCCCAUAUUGCAUUUGGAUGCGAUGUCAAAGCCAGAUCUUAACCACGGAUGGAGGAGAAAAGCGAUAUUCCCCCCCCCCCCCCCACCGGACCCCCGUCCAUAUUCUUCUCCCGUUGCCAUCUUAGAGCUCCAUGUUGUUGGUACAAUCAGGUGGACCAGAAACCUUUUUAUUGGUGUUUUGGUGAGACAACGUGGCGACCUGUCGAAGGCCCUGAGCAGCUCAACCAGGCCUGAUGGAAGCAGAGCAGUACGGCUCCUCCAGGUACUCGCCGUUUUCAGUAGGAAAUGAUUUUUCUCCUUUUUAAAUGGCUCAUGAUCUUAGUCUGAAGUAGUAGAUGUUCAUGACGCGGGGCUCGUCUAGAAGAGUAAACGGGGACACAGCUGGUAUACUUCAUUUUCUUUUUUAAAAAAAGGUUGCAGCAUUUGUUGUACAACUAAAAGGUAGAAGAUAUUGAGUUCACUGACUUGUCUAUUUGCAAAACGGAACCAGAUCUGAAGUCAAAUCUAGUGCCAAACCCGCCUGAAGGUGCUGUGAUGCAUGCUGAUGACACGCGGCGGGCUCGGUGCGAAAGGGAGGGGAAGCUUUUGUUAAUUCGUUCAUAUUGUAAACGCAGUGUCAAAAUCCUCAAACCUUUCGCAUCCUUGAAAAAAAAAAAUAUUAAAAAGAAAAGCACAGCACAAGGUUGUUAGUGUGUAGCUAAAUGAAUAUUUUGGUCUCAAUGAAACCGUUUAAAGGUGUUCGCACUUGACUCCCAACCAAACCAGCUGUGUGGGGUCAGACUGCCUCGUGGUGCAAACUGCUCCUUCACGUUAUCUUCUGGCAAGAAAUGUCUCCAAUGCCCUUUUAUCGGUCCUUGCAAUGAUUAUAUUUAUGUAUAGAAAUCUUUAUAUGUGGAUUCUAUUGCUAUUGGAUUAUAUAUGGAUUCUAUUGCUAAAUUAUACAUAUAUACCAUAUGUAUACUGUAAUAAUGAUGUGUGUGUGUAUAUAUACAUACAUAGAAUUAUUACAAUCUAAGAAAUGCUUUUUUUUUGUAUUAGGUUUCCUUAUUACGCAGAGUUGUUAAAUGCAUUUUGGUUUUAUUUGAUCAUAAAGAGCAAACUCAUUUCAAUUUAACAUCUGGGAUUAGAAAGCAGUGGGAAUUUAUUAGACAAACACAUUUGUGUUUUUCCUGGGGUUUUUUGUAGCAUUGAAUGUGUGACCUGGUUGGUUCGUGGCCACGUCUGUAUUUCUCUCACUAACAAACGGCAAAAGUUACAUCUUCAUAAUGUAUUCCUCUCAGCUUUCUGUAGUCGAUUGUUUUCCAUGGGAAUGGACUCACUUGCCUGUUUCUAGUCUCCUGUAAUCCCACGAGGUUUGUAGCUCUUUCACUUUCUUCCAUUUUUUAUUUUUUAACAUCUUUCACAAACGGGCAAAGUGCUUCUCUGUGUCCCGAGUUGCCGGUCGCUGUGCUCUCAAUAUUGGCAAAAGAGGAAGUUUUUUCCCCAAAUGUUUUAGGCCGUUGCACAGUAUCGGUCUUCUGUAUAUUGUAUUAUUACUCUGUACGCUGCUGCUUGUCACACUUCUGGGGCAAAUACAAAGUGAAAUUGUAAAACAUCAAUGUUUAAACUCCGGUCAAUAACUCGUCCACAUUUGGAUCCAUUUCCUUCUGAAAUACUGUCUCAUGCAAUAUUGGAGAGUUAUUUAAUAGAACUGGAUGUCCAGAUAUAUAUCUGUAUCUUAUCAUUGCAAUAAAAAUAUAGAAAGCA